AUGUGUUGGAGAUUCCGCUUCAGCUGGGCUGAGUUAAGCUCUCUGCCUCCGGGCGGAGGGCAUCCCCGGACGGUGCCAACUCGAAGGGCAGAGGCUCGUCUCGGGAAACACCUAUCCGACCCCUUCCGUUUACUCUUUCUUUCUUUCUUUCUUACUUACUUUCUUUCUUACUUUCAUUCUUUCUUUCUUUAUUUCUUUCUUUUCAAAUUGUUUCCAUUGCCACUUGUUCUUUCCUGUACUCUUUCUUUCUUCCUUACCUUCUCUUCAAAUUGUUUACAUUCUCCAUUUUCUGUCUUCCUUUCUUUCUUUGUUUCUUUAUUUAUUUCUCUCCAAAUUGUGCACAUUCUCUCUUUUUCAUUCCCUUUUCCUUUCUUUCUUACUUUCUCUUCAAAUAAUUUAUAUUCUCUCUUUUCUUUCUUUCUUUCUUUCUUUCUUUCUUUUUUUCAUUCUUUCUUUCUUUCUUUCUUUCUUUCUUUCUUUCUUUCUUUUCUUUUUUUUCAUUCUUUCUUUCUUUCUUUCUUUCUUUCUUUCUUUCUUUCUUUCUUUCUUUUCAGUUUGUUUUCAUUGUCUCUUUUGCUUUCCGGUAUUCUUUCUUUCGCUUUCUUCCUUUUUUUUUCUUUCUUUCUUACUUUCUUUGAAAGUCUUUUCAAAUUGUUUCCAUUCUCUUUCGUCUUUCACCUGUUAAUUUGUUCUUUCGUUGUAUUUCUUUCUCUUCAAAUCAGUUCCGUUUACUCUUUCUUUCUUUCUUUCUUUCUUUCUUUCUUUCUUUCUUUCUUUCCCUUCAAAUUAUUUCUAUUCUCUCUUUUUCUUUCUCUUAUUAUCUCUUUUUUCACUUCUUUUUCUUUUCUUUUUCUUUCUUUCCUUUUACCAUUCUUCAUAUCUCUAUUUUGUUUUUUUUCUCCUUUUUUAUUUCCUGUUACCUUCUGA